GCCGACUUACUCGCACAACAGCUCUCGCCUCUUUUGUUUUGCAUUUAGUUUUUGUCUCAGCUUCUUUGUUUUGUUUAGCUUCCGUGUUCACUAUUACGGUAGUGCCGACGGUGUACCAUUGUUGAGCAAUACAGCUGGCCGCGCAUUUCUUAUUGGCUCGAGGCGGACGUUGUCGCUCGAGUGUCGCCCUCUCUUCCCCUCGCUGUCCACCUCCUACGUGUAGAUAUAUAUAUAUUUGGCACAGUUCUUACGAUUGACGUCAGCUGAGGUCGAAAUCACAGCUCAAUAAAACCAGAGUUUCGGUCGCCGCGCACUUCCUCUCUUCGUAGGUUUUUUUUAUUUCCUCACACAACACUGCGUGUGUGUGCGUGUGCGUGUGCCACUGUUUUCGCUGAGCUGGCGGCUGUGGUGGUUGUUUGGGUAGAAGAGCAGCGCCGAGGAGUGCCCAGCCUUUUCUUUCAUCCGCCUUGUUUCUUUCUUUCUCUCUCUCUGUCGGUGUGUGUCGGUGUGCGUUUCGCCCGAUACGCGAGCUCAUAUUUCCGUUCCUCCGAGCACCUGUCUUUCUAUAUAAAUAUAUAUAUAUAUAAGCCUUGUCGUUGGGUCUGUGAACUGCUGCGUCGUGCUGUGGCUGCGGUUUUCAAUUGCCCUCUGUCUUUCUCUUUUCAGUUUCUUGCUGAGCGAGUCGUGCGUUUUGCUUUGUUUGUUUUCCAGCGUUUGUCGAUAGUUGUAUCUCUUCCUCUCCUGUGUGCGUACGCGUGUUGGGCUGUCUGUGCUACGUGGCGCUCCCUCGCCUCCGGCAAUCCCAUUCACUCCCCCUCUCCCUCCCCCCAUCCACAACCACCACCAAAAGGAAAAAUACGAGCAGCUGUCCACGACGUGUGCCGUGCGUGCGUUGUAUGCUCGUGCAGUGGCCGUGAGGAGGGAGCAAACCAGCGAAGCGAAGACAUUUAAGGGGAUUCUUGUCCGUGUAGCCUCCCACACAAACACACCCACGCCCACGCAAAGUCAGUCAUGGUGAGUCGGAGCUUUUACCCAGGCCGGACCACCUCCGCGCCGCUCGCCCCACCGGCACGCGGCAUGCCGUCUUUCCGCACCGCGACGGAGCGGCCUACGGCGUCGCCGCCCGCCGGUGGCGUCCUCCCCCACCACCACAGCGGCCUUCCUCGAGCUCCUCUCCCACGCCAGCCCGCCAGCCCCGCACCGCCGCCGCCAGAGGAGAAGGAGGAGAAGAAGAACAGCAGCAAGGACGUGGCGCCGGUGGAUGUGCCGUACCCGGAGGACCACAUCUACAACGUGGAGGACUUCAUUAAGCUGCGCCGCUGCGUCGCGAUGGUGCCGGUUGCCGUGAUGGAGUACGCGCGUGCGAUGUGGCGCGAGAUGCCGGAGAACAUGGACGACAUGGAGAACAACUCCCUGCGGGACAACCUCUUCCGGGAACAAAACGCGGCUAUGAUCUCGAAGGUGAUGGUUGACCGAAAGAUCCAAAAUGAGGUGCUCGGCAUAUUGGGCAAGGUGACGGUGUCAAACCUCGAUAAGAUGAAGCAGGAGCUCAUUGAACUACCGAUCCGCCAGUCCACCGAUGACGAGAUCAACGAGGUGAUUAAGGUGUUCUUCAACAAGUCCACAAAGCCGGAGGAUAGCUGCUUCACCGACCUGUACGUCCAGCUCAUCGCGCACUUGAUCUCCACGAUUGGUGAGAAGGAGCAGGCCGGUCGUACGAUCCGCAAGGAAGUGCUCCGGCAGUGCCAAAGCACUUUCAUGAACUCGAACGUGAAGCAGGCCGAGAUGGAGGCCAACUCAGCCCAGCUGACGCCCGAGGAGGCGGAGUUCGAGCGUCUUCAGUUCUCGGGCAAGCAAAAGGCCAACAUCCACUUCCUUGGUCUGAUGUUCACCAAUGGGCUCGUGCACCCGAGGGUGGUCCGUGCCGUCCUCGACUCCCUGCUCUACGGCGGGGGCCAGCGCCGGCAUGUGCCGACCGACUACAACUUAAUCCACUUCAUGGAACUGCUGCAGGUGUGCGGCCCUCACCUGGACAAGGCCUUCUACGAAGACCCGCUGCCCCGUUACAUCGAGACGAUCACCGACCUCAGCCGCACCCACCCACAGAAACGCAUCCAGUUUCUGCUCCUCAACUUCAUGGAGAUGAUGAACAACAACUGGGUGCCGCUGCACGGGCCGACAGCGCCACGCGGUGCCGAUGGCAGCCCCGAGCCGGCGAGCAACAGCAGCCACCGCGGCGCCAACGGCCGCAGCACGAACGCGUCGCCCAUCGUGCCCAUUCCGAUGCCAAUCCCGGAGGCGCAGCCGAAAAUCCCGGACUACGAGGAGUUCUCAAAGGUGAUGGAUGACUUCUUCGUCAGCAGCUCCGUCGAUGAGAUCGUGCUGCUGAUGGGGUCCAUCCCGCCAGAGUCGGUGGUGGCCUACUGUACGAAGUGGCUGGGCCGCUACAUCAACACGUACAAGUACACGGCGGAGCGCACGCGGCUCGGCGAGCUCUUCGAGACACUCAUGAAGAAGAACGCGAUGACGGUGGAGCAGGCGCAGGAGGCGCUGCUGCAGCACGUGCAGAAGUCUGCCGAUGAGGAGCUGUUCGCGGACAUCCCCAAGUACUUUGUGCAUUGGGCCUCCCUCAUCAAGCACGGCCACAGCGUGUUUCCGUACUCGCUGCACACGAGGGUGCUAAACAUGCUCGUGGAGAGCCAUGUAGACAUGAAGGUCAUCGCGACGAUGGUGCGCCACGUCGAGGCCGAAUCGAAGCCGGAGCAGCUGAAGGACUUGAAGCCGCAGGAUCGCUUCCGCGUGCUGCAGGCGGUGCUGCGAUACACACCGCCGCUGUUCACAGAUCGCUCGAACAUCGACCCCCAGGCCCCACUUAUCUUAGAGCUGGUCGGCGUCGAGGACCCCGAAGUGGCCUACUUUGUGGAGCUGUGCCAGUCUUACGACGCAAAUGAGCUGCACUCGAACCCGAAGCUGAGCGACAUGCAGAAGCAGUCACCCGUGCUCGCCGCCUCCGCCUUUUUUACAUUUGUCCGCUACGACGUGAACUACCUGUGCACGCAGUACAAGGAGAUCCUUCGCAAGAUCUUCACCGCACGCCCGGCAGACUCGCUGUUGGUGGAGGUGUACCUGCAGUGGAAGACGCUGGACUGCUCCCACCGCUUCCUCUUCGCGUUUGUGCGGAAGGUGCUGGAUGUGGUGAACAACCGGAUGGAUGUGCUGAACAAGCUUCUCACGCAGCUGCGUACCACCUACAAGGAGGAGCAGCUGGUGUCGCUGCUGGAGGAGGCGAUCAAGGAGCGCAAGUAA